AGACACAGAUUACAAUUUGCAACUUCAAAUUUUCUAUUGCUCGAGUUGUUUGAUGUUUCUCAGUCCGAAAAUACAAGAAAUUAGAUUCCACACUUGUUUUUAUAUUAUAAUCGAUUUUAAAAGGUGAAAAUUGAGGAAAAGUGCCACUUGUAUUAACAAAUAUUAAGUACAUGAAGGUGGCUUAAAUGAUGUCGCUGAAACCUCAGGAAGUUAAUUUUGAUGAGACCUGGUCUAAACUCAGAGAGACUGUGGAAGGCGUUGUUGGUCUACAAGCAAUUGAAAGGGCAGUAUGGAAUUCACGUUUCUCUGAUGUUUAUGCUUUAUGUGUUGCACACCCUGAACCCCACGCUGAUAAACUGUAUGAUGAAACCAGAAAAUUCUUGGAAGAGCAUGUGUUAAGAUUAUUAGACAGAGUUAAAGCCACAGCAUUUUUAGAUAGUACUGAUUACAAUGACGGACUGCUUAAUAGAUAUGUCACGGCAUGGAGAGAAUACAGCCAAGGCGUGGCUUACCUUAACAGUUUAUAUUCGUAUCUAAAUUUACAGCAUAUUAAACGACAAAAGGUGUCCGAUGCAGACAUAAUCUAUGGGUCUUCAGCUGCUAUAAGUUUUCUUGAACACGAUGCAAGGCAAUUGGAGGUCGGUGAAUUGGGCUUAGUAAUAUGGGAGAGGGUUUUAAUAAAGCCCCUGUCAAAUCCGUUGACGGCCCGAAUAGUGAGAGCAUUGAACGAUGCGCGGGAAUCAAACCCGGAUCCCGCGGCAGCUGAAAUACUAAAGACUGCAAUUCACAGUAUGGUGGAAGUCCAGUCAUUCCGGCUCCGUACACCCCUGUCUCUCUACCAACAACUAGUGGUCGAACCAUUUUUAACCUCCGCCGCCGCGCAUCACUCACGGCGCGCCGCCGAAUUACUUAACUCUGGAGAUGUUUCCUAUUUCAUGAAGUAUGUGCUGGAUGGUCUUGCAAGAGAAAUAGUCCUCGGCAACAAAUUCCUUCACUCAUCAUCGUCCGAGGCGGUCCGUGCUUGCUAUGAGCAGGCCUGCGUGGCCUCGCAUUUGCCGGCUUUGCAUGCAGAGGUCGAACGACUUUUGAAAGAAGCUUGUCAAGAUUCGCCUAAAGCUGCUGAGCGGCGCGAAGAUCUAAAACGUAUGUUCAUGCUACUCAAACCGUUGGGUCAGAACGCCAUGCGUCCAUUGAUCGAGGCUGCGCAUGUGCAGGCCGCUAAGGAAGGACACGCUAUGUUGGCAGCUGAACAUAGCAAGGAUGAAGCGCACUCACAUUUCGUACAUUCGAUGUUGUCUCUGCACAGUAAAUAUAAGAAACUAUUUACCGAAGUCUUCGGAGGGGCUCAACCGUUUAUAGGAGCUCUGGAUAAGGCGUGUAGUGAAGUUGUGAAUUCGCGUGCCGAAGGUGAAUCUACUGCUCGUGCUCCCGAAUUGUUAUCCCGUUACUGCGAUACACUAUUGAGGAGAAAGGGAUCCGAGAGAGAUGCAGAUGACAAGUUAACAGCUGCCAUAGUGGUGUUUAAAUACAUCGACGAUAAGGACGUAUUUCAGAAACAUUAUGCGCGUGCGCUCGCACGUCGACUCAUACACCAACUGUCUGCUUCUAUGGAGCAGGAGGAGGCGAUGAUUAACAGGCUCAAAGCGGCUUGUGGAUAUGAAUUUACAAAUAAAUUACACAGAAUGUUCACCGAUGUCGCUGUGUCUACAGACCUUAAUACUAAGUUCCAACAAUAUUUGAGGGAAAAUAACUUAGCUACGAACACUGGUUUCUUCAUACAGGUCCUUCAAGCCGGAGCGUGGCCUCUAGGUGGAGCAAUGGCUCCCUUAGCCCCUCCAGCACAAUUGGAAAGACCGGCCCGUCUAUUCGAGACGUUCUACCGGGCGUCGUUCUCCGGUAGACGGCUGGCCUGGCUUCACCAUUUAUGUACGGGAGAAUUGAGGACGAGAUAUACGCAACGGUUAUACCAUAUAAAUGCUACUACACCUCAGUGCGCCCUCCUCCUAAUGUUCGAAACCACCGACUCCAUUCGGGCCAGGGAAGCACGCGAAGCUCUCCAACUCCCAGAAGAAGCUUGGGCCCGACACGUGCGCCCGCUGGUCGAAGCCGGUCUGCUCAUCUCAAACGGAGAUGUGGAAGGAGCCGAUGAAGAGGCGGAACUUCUUCUUAAUCUCACCUUCACCUGCAAGCGGACGAAGAUACGGCUGACUUGUGCUGCUGCACCGGCGAAUCAAGGUGGUACUGGUCCUGGCGCAGGAUCAUCCAGUGAAUCGACUCACUGCGAUGAUGAUAGAAAAAUGUACCUACAAGCCGCUGUUGUACGCAUUAUGAAGCAAAGAAAGGUCCUACGUCACACGGAGCUGAUCCAAGAAGUGGUUUCUCAAGCUAGAGGCUCGUUCGCACCAUCUGUCGCCAUGAUCAAGAAGUGUAUAGAGGCACUGAUCGAUAAACAGUAUUUGGAAAGGUCGCCAGGAAACCUCGACACUUAUUCGUAUCUCGCGUAGGGUAGUUGCAAAUUAAUUGAGAGGGUACUUUAAAUAUACGGGUACACGGUUGACAAAAAUAUUUAUAAGAAAUCAGAUAAUUUUAUGGAUAUACUCAAAGUUUUUGGCGAUUUUUUUAACAAUGAGUUUUGUGUUUAAAACCAAGGUUAUUUAACGUACAACUAUUUAUUUAAGUUCGAAAUUGCCAAUAUCAAUAUUUACGUGAUUGGAUCUUCGUUAUUCAUAAUAGUUCUUUGCAUGUUUCUUUUUGUUUUAUUUAUCUCGUAAAGCUUUACAAAAUAACUUGCUUAUCUAAACACCUGUCAAAUUUAUUAUUUAUUCACAAAAAUACAUACUAAGUCAAUACCAUAAUGUCAAAAUAUAAUAUUAAAUACAUAAGGUACACAAUAUCGCUACUGUGAACUCACUCGAACAUAUAAAGAUGUCGAUUGUGUCGGAGAAAGCAUUCAAUGGGUGCAACGUCUUGAUUAAUGGGGCUCUGUGCAACAGACUGGUUCUGGCCUUUGGUAUCGCAAACAACCUUGGCCUUCGCACAAAGAAACCGAGGUCUUGAAGAACACUUAGGUUGCUCACCACCCUCCAAAUUGUACUUUCGCUAUGAAGCGGGACAUUUAUGGCAGUACUUAAAAUUAUUGACUUGAAAUUUGUUUCUGAAUAUGAGCUUAUUGUGACGAGAAAUAUACAUGUUUUUCUAACGAAUUUUUGAUGUCAUACAGCCCGCGUGAAGUCACAUCGUCAUGUCUUGUUGGAUGUAUAUAAGUAUGUAUUUCGCUAUUGUUACGUUAAGUUUAUAAAAAUUGACAAAAAAAUUGAAGACGUUUUUGUUCUGGGAAAAUUGUAUCCUUAUUGCUAUCUAACGCUGUAUGUUAUUAUAUUAUGAUUAAACGUUCUAGAAUAAUCUAGCGCUUAAUACGCUAAUUCGUGUUAGAUUUUAAAAUGACGUCUUGACGACUUUAAAAAUAAGACAUAUAAUAUUGAAAAUAAUAUAACAAUAUAAACGUGACUUAAUUAAUCCCACAAACAAGUUGUAGUCGCGUAAAUAUUGAAUUUUUAAUGUUUAAUAAUGUGACUGUGCAAAUACAAUUUUAUGUCGAGAUGGAAAUGCAAUUAUAAAAUGCAUUAUUCUAUGAAUUUUUAUUUGGCUAAUUUUGUCCCCUAGACAGUUGACGUAUCAACCUGUCAUAAUUAGUGACGUUGUUGACUUUACAAACUUUUUAAAUGAGAGACUGUUAGGUGUCAAAUAUAUGGCGUUCUAGUGGCGGCUCCUACGCUAUGUACCUCAUUUAAUAUUUUUUUGGAAAGGUCCCUUAAACUAUGUUUUAUGUUAGUUUUAAAAAGUUUUCAUGAACUGAAUACUGAACUUUUAAAUAUUAGGUUUCUUUUUGUCACGUCAACUCAUACUCGGCAGUAGUAAUGAAUGAACGUGUUAACAGAUGAAUAAUAACUUCCAUCAAAUAUAUAUAUAAAAGCAGAAACAAGUUUUCACGAUAGUUAGAACCAUAGAGCCUAACUCUUUAAAGUAUAUUUUUUAUUAAUUAUUCUAUGCAAAACAAAACACAAGGAUUAUGUUUCCAUUGAAGUAAAAUUGUGGAUGUACGUAUGCGCCUUAUUAAGUAUAUAAAUUUAUAAUUUUGGCAUGUGUGAGUUAGGUAUUAAUUUUGUAUCUACUCUGUGGUCGAUUCUCCUUGUAUGUCAUAUUCUGACAAAAGUAAUACCGUGUAUUUCGCCUAAUAUAAUAAUUGAAAUCUUAAUAUAUGACUUUAGUUAAAAUAAAUAUUGUACGGAUGCCGUU